GAAGUUUUUUCUGUGACGCAUUCGCAAAUUUCAAAAUCUGACGUUAAGUUUCGAUCCCCAAUGAUAAAUUCCUGCUAUGGGUCUUAAAAGGCCCCCCUCGUUCGAUUUCGCUACCCCCAAAUUCCAGUAGUACCUAAAAAACCGAAGAAGAUGCCACAAUGCGCCGGUUGCGGUAAGAAGGUAUGCCCCGACGAGCCGAGGAUCACCCUCAACAAGGUCUGGCACAAGUGCUGUUUCAGAUGCAACAAGUGCAACUGCGACCUGAACGCGGACUUCGCCAGGGUCUACAAGGGCGAGAUCUACUGCCACUCGUGCUUCAAGAUAUUCCGGAAGUACUGCUCGUUCGAGGGCGAAGACGAGGCGGCCACCAUCGAGGAACAGUGCGAGCCGUGCACGAGCUCCAGUCACAACUUCUGCAAGGUGAGUCCGACGCAUUCCGAGGAUUUCUUCGCCUGCAGGAACCGACGGAAGGGGUGCAAGGGCGCCAGUCCCGCCCUGCCCAGGGAACUGGCCAACUACUUCAACCGGAAUCCGGUCGGAGACAAGAGGAUAUGUCCGCCGACGGGCCUGAAGGACCGGUGCCGGCCCUGCCCCUUCCCCGUGUACCAGUGCCAGCCGAAGAGCAGGUCCGGACUGAGGAGACGCAAGUGCCCCGUCACCUGCGCGUCCCGGUCCUCCUCCUGCCUGGACAGGGCGGCCCGCAGCCUGAGCAAGAGGCGCGAGUUGACGGACUCGUGCGAGUCCUUCGGCAGGCAGACGGCGAGGACGAGCUGCGGCGAGCCGAGGUACGGGUGCCAGAACAAGAUGCACUGCGACGUGAACCGGUGUCACAAGUAUACGGGGUGCGCGCCGUGCAGGAGGUGCGGGCAUAAGGUGUACGCGGCCGAAAUUGUCCUUACCUCUUACGGGGCGUACCAUAACAGUUGUUUCUCCUGUUACUCCUGUCUGAAACCCUUGGACGCCGCCAACGUCGAGGAGCAUUGCGGGGAGAUCUUUUGUAGACGUUGUUACAAGAAGCAUUUCGGUUUCAACAAUUACGGCUUCAGAAACAGAGUAUAUUAAGAAGAUAACAGUUUAUAUAAAAGUGUUUGUAGUGUGGUAUAUAUGAAACAAUAAACGUAUAAGUAAA